CCAAAAGUAAUAUAAUAUUUUAAUAUCAAAAAAAUAUAUAUUAAAAUGUCGAGGGAUUCCGGUAGACGGUACGUGGAUAUGGGCGACGUCAACCGAAGAUUGAGUAAAGGCAAAGCUAAAGCCACCUCCGACGGUUCGACCUCACGCGGACACGAUUCUCGAGGAAGACACUCCGUCUCUUCGUUUCCUACUGUCCCAGAUCAUUUAAUCGGGGACGCAAUGACGGAUGAAGAAUUCAACCAGAUUUAUUCUGGUAGAGGAGACGCGAAUCUCCCCACUCUUGAUAGUCUAUUCGAGAAUGUUGAUGAAGUAGGACUGGAUAAUCUUGUCCGUCCCAGUAUCAACCGUAGCAGUUGAACGAGAAUUCAGUGCUGGCGGCAACAUUCUAACCGACUACCGAAGUUGUCUUAACGCUGAAUCUCUUGAAACACUGGUUUGCAACCAAGAUUGGCUCUUGGCAAGACGUCGGGCUCAAGAGUCAUCGUAUCAACUCGAAUCAGAGCAUUACAUGAAUGCAACCAUAGAUGGAAGUCCGAGUUCUGAAGAAUAAGUUAUAAAUUUUUUUUAUGUUAAUGUAAAUAUGUAAUUAAUUUUUUUAGGUGAGCGAUAUAUAAGCUCCUUCGAGGGUUUCUUUACGGUUCUUUACCUCGUCGCUUUUUUUGAACCGUCAGGAUAUUAAAUGUGGUUGUUCUUC